AUGGACGCAUUCAACAGGCACAUGCCAACGGAGAAUGCCCUGUCCGAGGCCAUCCAAGAGUACUGGCAAGAGGACAUCGACAGACUUUUCUGGUACGUCGAGGACCAACGCUACGCGGAGAAUCUGCAUACCAUCCGCUUUCGAAGCUCCCAAUUCCGUCGUUCCUUAUGUGUUCGCUGUACCAAGAAUUUUGUUAACAAAGAUGUAAUCUCCGCCUCUUGUGGCCACUUAUACUGCCGAAAGUGCAUAACAAACCACUUCCAAGCAUUCGUCAACGGCAAAGGUAAGCCCGUGAAAUGCUGCCGACAGGUCAUCCAGCUUAAAAGUGUCAAACACUUCCUUCCAAAAGACCUGACCGGACUGGUGACGGAGAAGCUCAACGAGAUCACGGAUCCCCGCCGUACCUACUGUUCGCGUCCGACCUGUGGAUGGUACCUUCGGAUGAUAAAUCGGAAUGACAAGACCCGAUAUUGCAAGCGUUGUGAUCUGGAAACUUGUACCGCGUGCCAGGAGCAGACUCACGACGGCAAAUAUUGGAAGUUUUCGCUUAAAAGACGCACCCGUCGCAGGAAAUGGCGACUCUGUUCUCAGUGUGGAGAUCUGGUGGAAAAGGAUGAAGGGAGCAAAGUCAUGAUGUAG